AGACCCUUCACACAUCUUAUCCCUUUUGAUGUUGAAAUCUUUGUCCCUCCUCCUGAGACUAUUCAUUUGCUCUGAAGAUAAAAGCUCAGGGGAAAGCUAGGGACUUAAUCACACACCUACAGUUGGAUCAAGAUGCGGUCUGACCCAGCUCUUAUGGCCUCUUUCCUACUGCUGCUGCCCCUGGUGCUUCCAGGACAGCCUCAGGUACAGGGAGAGGAUCUGGUAAGAAGUGUAUUAAGUUCUAUGGAUGAGAGUGGCACUUUCCAGUGUGUGGUCCAUCUACCCAACAGCUCUAUCUUCCUGCAGCAGCUGGAACAGCUACAGAGUACAUUACAGGAGCUCAUUGGCAAGUAUGAACAAGAGCUGUCCAGGGUCAAGGAGUAUGCACAUGUCAUUGAAGAUCAAGACAGCCAGACUCUAGAACUGAGUCACAUGCUGGAGGCCAGAAAUCCUGGUGUCACUCUGUCCCAAUAUGACAACCCAGCCUUCAACCUGCUACGCCUGGAGCUAGAAGGAGCACAGGAGUUGGCAGCCCAGCUUAAGGCCAACGGAGGUGUGAGUGGAGCCUCAGACCUCCUCUAUGAACUGCAGAACCGGGUGACCAAUGCCAGUCUGACCUUGAAGCUUCUGGUUGACUCUGACCGUCAAAGCUUCCAUGCCCUCCAAGAGGAAGUGGACAUCCUUGAGGGCCAACUAAGUGAGUGCGAGAGGGAAAAGGAACAGGAACAAUCCUCCAGACACCCUGGUCCACCUCUGGCUCCUGGUUCCUGUGCUCAUGGAGGCCUGCAGAAAGUGAGCAGACCCCUUGUGGUAAAGCUCAAUUGGAGGGGUUUAUCAUAUAAGGCAGGUGCCUGGGGUCGCGACUCAGCACCCAAUCCAGUUUCUUCCCUUUACUGGGUGGCUCCACUGCGUGCUGAUGGCAGGUACUUUGACUAUUAUAGGCUGCACAAAUCCUAUGAUGACCUGGUACUGCUGAAGCACUAUGAGCAGUGGAAGAUGGGCUAUGGUGACGGCAGUGGCAACACCGUGUACAAGAACUUCAUGUACUUUAAUUACUAUGGCACAAGAUACAUGGCCAAGGUGGACCUUUCCUCCAACACCCUAGUGCUACGACGACCAUUGCCUGGUGCCACCUACAACAACCGCUUCUCAUAUGCUUGUGUGCCUUGGACUGACAUAGAUUUUGCUGGUGAUGAGAAGGGACUGUGGGUUUUCUAUGCCACAGAGGAGAGUAAAGGCAAUCUGGUUGUAAGUCUUCUCAAUGACAGCACCUUAGAAGUUGAGCAAACCUGGUAUACCAGCCAGUAUAAGCCUGCUCUUUCAGGGGCCUUCAUGGCCUGUGGGGUGCUCUAUGCUUUGCGUUCUCUAAGCACUCGUCAAGAGGAAAUAUUUUAUGCUUAUGACACGACCACUGGGCAGGAACACCACCUCAGCAUCCUGUUGGACAAGAUGCUGGAAACUCUGCAUGGCAUCAAUUACUGCCCUUGGGAUCACAGGCUCUAUGUUUAUAAUGAUGGGUUCUUAAUAAAUUAUGACCUUACCUUCCUGACACUAAAGCUGCCAAGCUCUCCCAUGAAAAGGCCUUCUGGGGCUCCAGCUCCAUUCAAACCUAUCAAAUCCAACCAGCCAUCUAGGAUAAGAGACUCCAUGACUCACCAGGGUCCUAUUAGAAAUAUGUUUUCUCCCUCCCCUCUUGAAGGACGAUUCCCUUAAUAACUAUCCCUCCAAAUGAUUGAUUUUGUUUUGUAGAUCAUCAAUAUCUCAGUCGACACAUUAAGGUACUAAUAAUGGCUUGCAAGGACUUGAUUAAGAAACAAAAGACAUUGUUAGCUAGGGAGGGGCUGGCAGGGUAGCUGAGUGCUGGAUCAUGUGUUUAGCAUGUACCAGGCCCUAGAUUCAAUGCUUAGCACAGUAAGUGGGAAGAAAAUGCAUUAUUCAAUCCUUAUCACUGAAAAAAAUAACAAAAAAAAUUAGCUAGAGAGAUGGUGCCCUCUUUUUUUUUUCUGAUGCUUGGUCAUCAUGCUUUAAAACUUCUCAGGAUAGUACCUAGGAUUCUAGGACCAUGUGACCUUUAGUUUUCAGGGUUGAGUGCAUCUGGCUUCAGUAGAGAAGAUCCAUGGAAGUUGGUUUUGAGAGUUGGGUAGAGAAGUUCCCUCUCAGAUCUCCAUACUCUGAAAAGGUUCUGCAGAGAAGGGAGGCAGAAUCUUGGUCUGAAGAUAAAUUCUUUACUGCCCUCAACUGAUCUUAAAUUUGAGUAGGAUUGAAAGAGGCACUUGGGCCUGACUAUGUUCCAGGAUGUCAGUCAGGAUUUAUAGCAUGAGAUAUGGAUGGGAUUGUGGCUCAAGACAUUCUCAAUAAAGGCUUCUUGGUGUG